UCAGAGACGGAGAGCAGGCAGCGGACAGACACCGCUGGACUCCACGUGAAGAUCAGGAUGAAGUCUUUCCUCUGGAGCGUCCUGUCGCUGCUGCUGUCUGAUGUUCUGGCCACUUAUCACCUCGAUGCGGUGGAUCCUCACACGGUCGCCGCACAAAGCUACGCUCAAACCAGAAACAUUGGUCGACCUCCGUUCAGGACCCUGAAUCCAGCAAUUCACAGAAGUGAUUACACGUAUAGAGGAGGGUAUCUCUACCACUACCAGCCACCCAGGAUCCCUCCACCGGUCGUGUAUCGACCUGUUCCUCUAUCUCCUCCAGUGACUUACCACAGGCCCUUGGUGCCCAUUCCGCCCUAUCACAACAGAUUCAAAGGGCCAGUGGCUCCGCAAAUGCACCACAUAUACAAAGGUCAAUAUCCACCAGUAGCUCAUCAUCCCAAUCAAAGGCUCAAAGGGCCGUUCCCUUACAAAUUGAAAGGUCCAUGCCCAACUAAGUCAGACCCAACUACACCAACAGCCCCUGUGGUGCUCCCCCCUACUGUCCCUCCCAUUCUACCAGAGCCAACAGUGCAGCCAACUCUGCCAGCAACUACAGUGGCACCGGUGACAACCAGCCUGCCAGUGGUGGUGACCACUGUGCCUCCAGUGGAGACCACCGCUCCUGUGACGCUACUGGUCAGUACCCAAAGCGGCUUCAUCACCACCAUCAGUCCUGUGGAGACAGAGACAGACUCUCAGUGCAGGAGCCGUCCCCUGGACCUGGUCUUUAUCAUUGACAGCUCUCGCAGUGUGCGUCCUGGUGAGUUUGAGAAGGUGAAGAUAUUCCUGGCUGACAUGGUCGACACGUUGGACGUUGGCUCCGACGCCACCAGAGUGUCUGUGGUCAACUACGCCAGCACGGUCAAGAUUGAGUUCCUCCUCAAAAGCCACUUCAACAAACCCAACAUGAAGAUAGCCAUCUCCCGCAUCGAGCCCUUGGCGGCUGGCACCAUGACGGGCCUCGCCAUCAAGACCGCUGUGAACGAGGCCUUCACCGAGCAGUCCGGAGCCCGGCCUCUGUCUAGGAAAAUCUCCAAGGUGGCCAUCAUUGUGACAGACGGGAGACCCCAAGACCAGGUGGAGGAGGUCUCUGCUGCAGCUCGGGCCUCAGGCAUCGAGAUCUACGCUGUCGGGGUCGACCGAGCUGACAUGCGCUCCCUGCAGCUGAUGGCCAGCAUCCCUCUGGAGGACCACGUCUUCUACGUGGAGACCUACGGUGUAAUCGAGAAGCUCACCUCCAAGUUCAGGGAGACCCUGUGCGGUCUGGACCCCUGUGCCACGGGACAUGACUGCGAACACAUAUGUGUCAACAGCAAUGCCUCAUAUUACUGCCAGUGCCGGAUUGGUUAUUUCUUGAAUGCCGACAAGAAAACAUGUGCCCCGAAACGUGAAGAGGUGAAGGCGGUGGUGGUGGUGGAGGAUCCCUGUAAAUGUGAAGCCAGACUGGCUUUCCAGAAGCAAACGCAGUCUGCCAUCCAGCAGCUCACAGCCAAGCAUAUCCUUUUUGUCGACAUUUUGCUAUAA